ACAUAGAAAAAAAUAAUGUCACAAUUUUAGGACUGUAUUUCCUGGCAUUAAAUGCAACGUCUUGACUUCCUAAAUAAUAGAUGACCGUUUAUGGAGCGUUCAUGCACGAGGGGUCCUUCUGCCGCAACUCCUUCAACAUCCUGGAUCUGAUCGUGGUUGGAGUCUCCCUGCUCUCUAUGGGAAUGGAAUCCAGUGCCAUCUCCGUGGUGAAGAUUCUCAGGGUGCUGAGGGUGCUGAGGCCACUCAGGGCCAUCAAUCGAGCCAAAGGCCUAAAGCAUGUGGUCCAGUGUGUGUUUGUGGCCAUCAAAACCAUUGGCAACAUUGUCCUGGUCACCAUGCUGCUCAACUUCAUGUUUGCCUGCAUCGGAGUGCAACUUUUCAAGGGGAAGUUAUACAGCUGCACGGACCCAUCCAAAACAACCGAGGAGGAAUGCCAGGGAUUCUUCUUGAAGCACAUGGACAAUUCCCUGCAGGACACGGUGGUGGCCAAACGGGAAUGGCUCAACAAUGACUUCAACUUCGACAAUGUGCUCUAUGGCAUGCUGGCGCUCUUCACCGUGUCUACAUUUGAGGGGUGGCCAAAACUCUUGUAUCGAGCCAUAGAUUCAGACCAAGAAGACAUGGGGCCGGUCUUCAACAACCGCGUGGACGUGUCCAUCUUCUUCAUCGUCUACAUCAUCCUCAUUGCCUUCUUCAUGAUGAACAUCUUUGUGGGUUUCGUCAUUGUCACCUUCCAGGAGCAAGGAGAGCAGGAGUACAAGAACUGUGAGCUGGACAAGAACCAGCGCCAAUGUGUGCAGUAUGCCUUGAAGGCCCGACCCCUGAGGUGCUACAUCCCCAAAAACCCGUACCAGUACAGGGUCUGGUACAUCGUCACGUCCUGCUACUUUGAGUACCUCAUGUUCUUCCUCAUCAUGCUCAAUACUUUGUGUCUGGGGGUGCAGCACUGUAACCAGUCAGACCAUGUGACCAAGCUGUCGGACAUCCUCAACUUGAUCUUCACUGUGCUCUUCACGGUGGAGAUGAUUCUCAAGCUCAUGGCCUUCAAAGCAAAGGGCUACUUUGGAGACCCCUGGAACGUGUUUGACUUCAUCAUCGUCAUCGGAAGCGUUGUUGAUGUCAUCCUCAGCGAAGUGGACACACGUAUAACCGUGGCCCAGAAUGGUGCCAGCUCCGCUAGCUCGCCCAACACGACCGCCCUGGCCGCCAGUGGGGGGCUCUACUGUCUCCAAGGCUGUGAGGACACGAAUCCCAUGCAAGCAAUCGCAGCCUCGGAAAACGCCUCCGUUUCCAUCACGUUUUUCCGACUCUUCCGUGUCAUGCGCCUGGUCAAGCUACUGAACCGAUCCGAGGGCAUCCGCAACCUCCUGUGGACGUUCAUCAAGUCCUUCCAGGCUCUUCCUCACGUGGCUCUGCUCAUCGUGAUGCUCUUCUUCAUCUACGCCGUCAUCGGGAUGCAGAUUUUCGGGAAGAUAGCCUUGGUGGAUGGCACGGAAAUCAACCGCAACAACAACUUCCAGACGUUCCCGCAGGCGGUUCUCAUGCUAUUCCGGUGUGCUACUGGAGAAGGAUGGGAGGAGGUCAUGAUGGCGUCCAUGUACGGGAAGAAGUGUGACCCCAAGUCCGACUUCCUGCCAAGGGAGGAGUACACUUGUGGCUCCAACUUUGCCGUCUUCUACUUCCUAAGCUUCUACUGUCUCUGUGCCUUCUUGAUCCUCAACCUGUUUGUCGCCGUCAUCAUGGACAACUUUGACUACCUGACGCGGGAUUGGUCCCUGCUUGGUCCUCACCACCUGGAUGAGUUCAAGAAGAUCUGGGCUGAAUAUGACCCAGAGGCCACAGGGAGAAUCAAACAUCUGGAUGUGGUGACGCUGCUACGACGCAUCCAGCCUCCUUUGGGCUUCGGCAAGUUCUGUCCUCAUCGAGCAGCUUGUAAGCGUUUGGUGGGCAUGAACAUGCCCCUCAACAGCGACGGCACCGUCACCUUCAACGCCACCCUCUUCGCUCUGGUCAGGACGGCGCUGAAGAUCAAGACGGAAGGAAACUUUGAGCAAGCCAACGAGGAGCUCAGAGCUAUCAUCAAGAAAAUCUGGAAGCGCACCAGCAUGAAGCUCCUGGACCAGGUCAUCCCCCCGAUAGGAGAUGAUGAGGUCACCGUGGGGAAAUUCUACGCCACGUUCUUGCUUCAGGAUCAUUUACGGAAGUUCCUGAAGCGUCAGGAGGAAUACUACGGCUACCGGCCCACGAAGAAGAACGCCUCAGGCCCUGAGAUCCAGGCCGGUCUGAGGAGUAUCGAGGAUGAGGCGGCUCCGGAAAUGCACAGGGCCAUUUCUGGAGACCUGCAGAAUGAGGAAGAGAUGGACAGAGCGAUGGAGGACGCUGGAGAAGAGCUUAUUUACCAGCGUACGCAUGGCUUGUUUGGGAAUCGCGUGGAGUCUUUCUCGGCUGACAAUAGCGACACCCAGUCCCCGCACAUGACCAACCAGAGGCCCCUCAAGUUCUUGGAAAACCAUCCCGAGUCCUCCGUUGAGGAUCCCAUUGCAGACUUCCUCGCCAGCACGGCCCCCAAAGACAACACCAACAACAACGCCUUCGCAGAGUUUUCGUUGGAAAGAGAAGGCAGUCCUGAAGAGUUGGAUGGUCCCGGUGAGGAUCCAGACCAAGAGAACCGCCACUCCUGGACCUUCCCAGGGAGGACGGACGCUACGCAGUUCCCUUAUAAGCCGAGGCUCAGCGACAGUCCAAACGGCAGCUCCCAUAGUGCCGCCGCCCACCUUUUCCAGGAGGAGACGGCGGACGUCGUGCACACAACUCUAGAAGACAUGGAAGACGUAGCUCGGGCUCUCCUCAACCAGCGCCCCAGCUGCAUGGCCCCCGUCAAAAAGAAACGCCCCGUCCCUGUGCCUCCUUGCCCCCAGGCUGCAGCAUCCAGGGACCCGGAGCGUCCGGACCCGGCUGUGAGGAGGAAGAGGCGUCCUGGUCCUCCAGCUUCCUCCGCUCAUGUCCAGACUAGAACGGAGCUGCCUGAGGCCGAUUAUGACGUUUAGAGGUCACAUGGUGUUUAAAACAUAUUUUUAUUUGAGAAGGUGAGCACAUCCUGAUGGUCUGAAAGGCAGCUGAGAUGUGGUGGAAACACACUGAAAUAUUGGAAUUGGAAGUAACUGCAAGUACAAAUUACUAUCCCUAAAAACAUUUGUAUUAAAGGUUAACAAUGGACAAAAUGUGAUUAAUCCUAAUUUCAAUAUUUAAUCAAGUGUAAAUAAUGGAUGAAAGCGCUGUUGAGUGAAGGUAAUGCUUUAAAAUGGACGGCCCCCUGCGGGCUACGCUGGUGUAAAGUGAGUCCGUCUAUUAAUAGUCCUGCCUAGUGAGCAGGCCGCUUAUGGCCUGGAAUGUCGUGCAGUAUCCCGGGUGGGUGGCUUGUAUUCAACUAAAAGUGUUGUUGAGAUCUGGGAUUUAAACACAUACAAUCCAAUAAAAACUUGAAUCUCAAAGUAAACAUUAGCAAAGACCUUAAAUAAUUCAAACGAUAUUUAUUGAAAGCGGACGAAUGAAUAAAAGAGCAUAGACCUGACUCACAUAGAGCUGACUCACAUAGACCUGUCUCACAUAGACCUGACUCACAUAGAGCUGACUCACAUAGACCUGUCUCACAUAGACCUGUCUCACAUAGAGCUGACUCACAUAGAGCUGACUCACAUAGAUCUCUUCCCACAGUGAAGCUGACUCGGGAAUAUCUGCUGGGCUCCAUGAUGUAGCAUCAACUACACACUAGUCACAAUAAAACACAACAAAAUGCUAAAUGUACAUUUUAGGAAU